AUGUUGGCCGCUACAAAAACGGUUGUCGCCUUCGCGUGCCUGGCGAUGGCUAAUUUCGGAAUCCUCCAAGCAAUGCCGGUAGCCGACGAACCAGCUGGAUCAUGCUGUCCGCCGGUGUCGCGAAGGCAAAACUCCAUACCAGUGCACUACGUGACGGGCACACACUACGAAGUCGGAUACAGCGUCGGACGGACUUUUGGAUCAAUGAUUAAAGAAUAUAUCCGCUUGUAUGAGCCACUUCAGAGUGAGUUCCUACCAAUGUACGCCCAACCGGAAGGGCGGCAGAUUUAUGAAGAAAGUUUGAAGUCUACACAAAAAUUCUUCCCUCAGUAUGUGAUCGAGCUACAAGGAGUGGCCGAUGGAGCAGGAGUUCCAUUUCACGAGUUGUUCCUAAUGGCCUUAGACGAUACACUACCAAAGAAUUUAAACGCCUCGAGUAUAGAUAAAGGGCCUGUAGGAUGUACUUCACUCAUAAUUAAUCAGAAAAAUGCACAGUUGUUAGGGCAUACAGAAGACGCGAUGUCCGAGACGGUAAACAACUAUUAUAUAGUGGCUGCCCAUGUGGUGCCCGACGAAUCCGAGCUGGGUGGCGUGUUUCCGGCUAGAGAAGAGAAGUUCGAGGCACUGGCGUACGCCGGACACUUACCGGGUUACGCCAGUGGUCACAACCACUACGGACUGGUGUUCUCGAUCAACACGAUAUUCGUCAGCAAACCGUUGAGGGGCAAAAUCCCCCGAGAGUUCAUCACGAGAGCGGUGCUGGCCACACGAGCUGACCUGGGCGAUAUCUUGGACGUGUUGACCAACGAAGGCGUAGGCACGGCCGAUGGAUUCAACAUGAACUUUGCUUUCCUGCACGUACCCACAGAAUCGCGUGUUUUUCACACGGUCGAAGUCACCCCGAAAGUCGACUCUGACAGGUCGGAAGUGUACCUCGCAGACUUCGGUAUGGGAAGCAACUCGAUACAUACGAACAAAUUACUCCAUCUGAAGUACCCGGAACUGAACGAAGCCGCUUACGGGAGCAGCGUGUCCAGGGAGAGCCGGUACAAGCAGAUGACGGCCAACAAGACCGCUGUGAACCUCCAGGACAUGUUGGAAGUACUCGGCAACAGGGACGACGAUCCGUGGCCGAUCUUUAGUGACAAGGCCGAAGCCAGAGUCAGCACGAUAAAUUUGGGCGUUUUCGAUUUCAACAAGAAAACUUGGACCUUGUGGACUAAUGAUCCAAUCGACAACCCACCUGUGUUGCAAUUGCCACUAACAUUCACGGACUUGAUUGGCCCAACAAGAAGCGAUAUAGGCAUCAACAGGAUCGAAGUCAUCGAAACGAUUUAUCCUGAUAAAUAA